UUGCUUUGGACCAUUCGGGGUAUCCCUUUAUGGAGCCCUUGCAGGAAGGCCCUUUUGUUCCUGUGGGUGAGGAGACCCUAGAGUCUGUGGCUCUCUCCUGAAUUUGUCCUGGAGGACAAGAUUUGCUCUGUGGCCUUGCAGAGAGGGUCACAGGAUGAGUUGGAGGAGAAUUCUGAGGGGAGGUGAAUGGAGCCAAUCAAAACUGCUCUUUGGAUACUGACCAUUCUGAACCUUGGCCCUAGAACUGACUUUUCAAGCCUCUACAGCGAUUUGGUCAACUGGUCAAGAUGGUUACUCGAGCUCAGCACAGCAAGGUAGCCCAGACCCAGACUGGAGAAGCAACUGGAGGCUGGACAGGCCAGGAAAGUCUGUCAGACAGUGACCCUGAGCUCUGGGAACUACUUCAGAGGGAGAAGGACAGGCAGUGCCGUGGCCUGGAGCUCAUUGCCUCAGAGAACUUCUGCAGCCGAGCUGCGCUGGAGGCCCUGGGGUCCUGUCUGAACAACAAGUACUCGGAGGGUUAUCCUGGCAAGAGAUAUUACGGGGGAGCAGAGGUAGUGGAUGAAAUCGAGCUGCUGUGUCAGCGUCGGGCCUUGGAAGCCUUUGACCUGGAUCCUUCACAAUGGGGAGUCAAUGUCCAGCCCUACUCAGGGUCUCCAGCCAAUCUGGCUGCCUACACAGCCCUUCUGCAGCCUCAUGACCGAAUCAUGGGCCUGGACCUGCCUGAUGGGGGCCAUCUCACCCAUGGCUACAUGUCUGAUGUCAAGCGGAUCUCUGCCACAUCCAUUUUCUUCGAGUCUAUGCCCUAUAAGCUCAAUCCCCAAACUGGCCUCAUUGACUACGACCAGCUGGCAUUGACUGCUCGGCUUUUCCGACCACGACUCAUUAUAGCUGGUACUAGUGCCUACGCCCGCCUCAUUGACUACGCCCGCAUGAGAGAGGUGUGUGACGAGGUUAAGGCACACCUGCUGGCAGACAUGGCCCAUAUCAGUGGCCUGGUGGCUGCCAAGGUGAUCCCCUCACCUUUCAAGUAUGCGGAUAUUGUCACUACCACCACUCACAAGACUCUUCGAGGGGCAAGGUCUGGACUCAUCUUUUACCGGAAGGGAGUACGGACUGUAGACCCUAAGACUGGCCGAGAGAUCCCUUACACUUUUGAGGACCGAAUCAACUUUGCUGUAUUUCCAUCCUUGCAGGGGGGCCCCCACAACCAUGCCAUUGCUGCUGUAGCUGUGGCCCUCAAGCAGGCCUGCACCCCCAUGUUCCGGGAGUACUCCUUGCAAGUGUUAAAGAAUGCUCGAGCCAUGGCUGAUGCCCUGCUAAAGCGAGGCUACUCACUGGUGUCUGGUGGCACCGACACCCACCUCGUGCUGGUGGACCUGCGGCCCAAGGGUCUGGAUGGAGCUCGAGCUGAGCGGGUGCUAGAGCUUGUGUCCAUCACUGCCAAUAAGAACACCUGCCCUGGAGACAGGAGCGCCAUUACCCCGGGGGGCCUGAGGCUUGGGGCCCCAGCAUUGACUUCUCGACAGUUCCGAGAGGAUGACUUCCGGAGAGUUGUUGACUUUAUUGAUGAAGGAGUCAACAUUGGCUUGGAGGUGAAGAGCAAGACUGCCAAGCUCCAGGAUUUCAAAUCUUUCCUGCUCAAGGACCCAGAAACAAGUCAGCGUCUGGCUAGCCUCAGGCAGCAGGUGGAACAGUUUGCCAGGACCUUCCCCAUGCCUGGAUUUGAUGAGCGUUGAGGGCUUCUGGGAAUCAAAGCCAACAGACUGGACCCAUCAUCCUAUCUACCUGGGCCAGAGAAGGGACCUCGCUUUACUUUCUGAUUUUUGGUGGAGGGGGGAAGGCCUUCCACUUAGGGGAAGAACCAGGUAUAAUCCCCAUUCCCAGAAUUUGUAGAUGAGAUUUCUGUUUUGUAACUACGUCUAGAAGGAGCCCUACCGUGCCCCCAGCUUUAUUUUGAUUGUUAUUAUUUUAUUUUGGUUCUUUUUUUUUUUUUUUUGGAGACAGUGUCUCACUUAGCUGAGACAGGCCUUGAAUUGAUCCGCCUACCUCCAUCUCCCAAGUGCUGGUGUUACAGUGUGCACUGCCACACCCAACUUCACCCUCAGCUUUCUGCCCAAACCCUCUGCCAUUUCUCAGUGUUACAGACUCUUGCUCUUUCUUGGGGAGGGGGAGUUGCGUGCUGAGCCAGAGGAAGGAGUGGGUAAGCACCCUCCUUCCUGUUUUUUAUCUAAUAAAAUGCUAACCUGCCCAGAGUUCCUAUUACUAUGGGAGGGAUCCCCUAGGCCAGCCAGCCACUGGACUCCCUCAACAUGUAUUCCUCCCUCCCUCCUACCAUCACAAGGACCCCCGGGGCUGCAUCCUCUCUUUCUCUCUCUCUCUCUCUCUCUCUCUCUCUCUCUCUCUCUCUCUCUCUCUCUCUCUCUCUGAUCAGAGCCGACACCAGACGUGAUUAGCAGGCGCAGCAAAUUCAAUUUGUUAAAUGAAAUUGUAUUUUGCCCACGGCUGCUUCUGUUUGAUCCCCGGGGACAGGGAAGCAAGGGAAGGGAGGGCUGGGGAACAACACAGGCCCAGGUGUGAGGUGGGAGGGGUGCUGUUGAUGGGAGGAAGCAGGCUUGGGCAGGAAAGGAGUACACCGCAUGGCAGAGGUGCCCCAUCCUGAGCAGACUGGGCUGCUAGGAUGAGCCCAGUCGAGCCUGAGCAGCCACCACACAUGAGCCUUGCUCAAAGCCUGCUCUAACGUGGGGCCUGCCACGUCCCUUGGCACUAAGAGGCCUCUGCUUGCUGUUGGCACACGUCAGACACGCUCAACACGUAGCCUGUGCCACACCCUAUUAGGCAUGGGUAUAGGAGGGCAGAGGGGGUGGUUUGGUCCUUCUGGGUCAACCCCAGCUGCUGACUAUAGUUUUGACUACCCUCCCCCACAUGGGACUACAGCAGGGGGUCAGAGGCUCUU